GAGAUGCCUAUAAUGGACCGAUUCGACCUUGCGAAGUCUUCAAAAUUUACAAGAGGAGAAAAAUGUAUUUUUAUUCAUUUAAUACUAACAUUUGUUUUGAUAAUUUUAUCGAUUAUCAUAUACUUCGUGCAUCUGUGCAUAAUCAAUCAUCCAGGUAACAGUUACCUGAACACACGACGUUUGGUAUCAUUACAAGAAGGAAUUAAAGAAAUCACUACACCGGAUUAUUUGCCUAUAGGCGUUCUUUAUUUAAAUACGAAUCCUAUCCGGGUGAUUUGCAAUACUAUUCUUUUCCGGGAGAAAUGGUCAAUAGCACCUGCGCAUUGUGUUAUUAUUAGAAGUGAUCCCUCGUUGGCGGCAUUGCUUCCUAAAUGGGAGAUUAAAUUUAAAACGGCUGAUUUAAAAUUUAAAGUUACUAAAAUAAGGAGAAGUAUUGCUCAUCCUCAUUUCAAUCGAGACGACUUUAGUAACAAUGUUGGUCUACUAGAACACACAGUUUCGGUACCGAUCCAUCAAUAUAUAAAUCCAUAAAUCUCAACGAUCAUGUGAUAUUUGGUAAUGAGAAAUUACGUAUGACAUCUUGGAAUGAAGUUACCAUUUAUGAUAAAGAAAGUGUUGAAGAA